AUGACGCUUUCUGGAAUAGUAGAGAAGAUAGUGACAAACGAUCGGAAAGAAGGGAAGAGGUUUUUGAGAAAGAAGAGGAAAGAAAGAAUGAGCAAGAAAUUGCACAUAAAAGCUUUAAGUCUAAAAAUCAAUUCACUGGAAGCAGAGAAGGCCCUCCUAAUAACUCGAAACGAUGAGCUCGAAUCUCGACUGAUCCAGUUAGGCCAAAAUCUUUCGAUUGCAUCCGUUAUUGCUUCAAGUGCUACUAUCACUCCUUGUACGGUAGAAUCUGUUUCAAACUUGGUCAGUUCAGGAAGUGCUUUCAAACCAGUACACACCCAGACGAUGAUGCAGGUGAGACUAAAUAAUGGAAGACAGUCAGCUGCGGAAGCUUUACGUUGGCCAGUGUUAGAAAAUGUCGCGGCUGCAUAUGGGCAUCAAUACAAUGAGAAUCUGGUAAAUAAUAUGCAAAUUGAAUUGGAUAUAGCUCGUGAAGAAUGCUCUUUGGUACAAGAGAAGAUUGUUAAGAUGGGUUGCAUUAAUUCUGAGUUGGAGCAUCAAUUGAUAAAUGUUAAAGAAGGUUUGGAAAAAGCUGAAAUGCGAGCUCGGCAAGCUGAGGAACAAGUUGGAGAGUUUUGUCGAAAUUGUUCGCAGCAAGAAGAAUAUCAAAAAUCAUUGCAGUCUGAAUUCUUAGUUAAAUACAGUGCCAUAGAAAGAGAAGUAAAUGAUCUUAAGGAAGAACUAGCUUUAAGAAAUGAACAGCUGAAUGCUAGGAUGAUCGAAAAUAAUAAACGAAAUGAAGAAAUGAAGCAGUGGCGAUUUGCUAUGGAUGAAAUGGAAACCGUUCAUAUGGAAAUAAAAAUGUUGGAAAAACAGUUAAAUGAUGAAAAAGCAUCAAUGGAGUCAAAGUGGGCAGAAGUACGAACAAUAUUGCUAGAACGGAAAGGAGAUAUAUCGCGGAAAACUUCAGAUGCAGAAUCAAUUGCUGAUGGAGAACAAAGUUCCAUUAAUCAGCUCAAGCAAAUGGUGGAUACAAUCAAUGAUUUGAAAAAUACCGUCGAUAAACAGGCCAAACAGCUUGAACGUAAUAAGACAGAAAAACAGAAGUUCAAAGCAGUUAUUCGGCAAUUGCAAGCCGAUAAAAAAGCUCUAGUAGCAUCUUCAGCGAUGAAAAAUGAUGAAGAACAAUAUUUGGUUCACGAGGCACAAAUCACUGGCCUACAAAAACAACUAGAUUUCAUGGAUCGUGAAAUGACUCUUCUCUUUACUUUGAACAAUUCAAAAGAUGUUUUAAUUCAGACAUUAAGAGCUGAGCUUGAAGGAAUUUAUUCUACAGAGCCCAAAUUGUCAGAUUUAAGACCUAAAAACGAUAGAAAAGAGGAUGAUUGCAUUGAGCACUUACAAGCGCAGGUAAAAAAUACGAAUCAGGAAGAAUCUGGACGUCUAAAUUUGCUGACAAAAAGCAAUGCUGAAUUGCAAAGGCUACAGGUGCAUACACAACAACUACAAGUGGGAUAUGAUCGACUUCAGUUACAGCUUCAGUUAUCUCCAGAAGGAAAUUUAGAUGCCAUGUCUUCAAAUAGAGGCACUUAUCAGCGUGCUCAACUGCAACAAGCGCAACAACAGAUGGAAUUUAAUAGCAAUGAAGUGGUAGAUUUAUCGAUGGCUGCAAAAUUGGCUCAUGGUGAAGCUAACAAAGAUAUAGAGAUGAGAACACAAAUGGAAAGAUUGACUGAAGCUGUGCAGCAGAAAGAUACCGAACUACAAAAAAUGUUGAACGAGAAUGAAGCACUAAAAAUAAAAUGCAUUGAAUCGACGGCAGCGUUGGAUUUGCUGAGUAGUAAAUUGGAACGUCGAAGUCAAGAGAAAGAUGCCAUUAUCGAAAUGCUACAGUCGCAACAUACUUACUUAACUCAAACCAUAUUACUCAAUCAAAAAAGUGAAGAACAGUUAACGACUCCGCUAACACUAUCACAAAGCAUAAAAACAGAUACUGAACUAAAAUGUAUUAUGCAGGAUGCAUCCACGAUUAUGGAAGAAGCUGAAAGUCGUCCUUUUCUAUUUAUGCAACAUCGCGAAACACAAACAAGAAGUGAUUUUCAUUUUUCUGAAACUCCAGAAACAAGCCACGAGUCAACUUCAAGGGUUGGUGUUUUAAAUGCUUCAAGAAUUGUCUUCUGGUUUGAAAAACUUUCGAACUUAAAAGUAGAUAUCCUUCAUAAUUUACAAACACUGACAUUAUAUCAGUCCCGGAAAGUCAUUCAUGAUAAUGAUCCUAUUCUUGAAAAUGAGAAAAUUUUCCAGUGCAUCGAAAAAUCAGACCAAAUACGUGAUAACUUGACAGAUGAUAUCAGACAGUUAAUGAUUCUGAAUGCGGAACUAGAAACUGCUGUUGAAGUCCUCAAAGGUGAAAUCUGGACCCUUAAUGAACAACUAAAAAGGUCAUUAAUUGAUCGAGAAGACUUGUCGGAGAAAUUGUGCAAGCUUUCACAACGCCAUGAGGAAGAAAUUGAGCGCGCUCGUGAACGGGAACGUGACCUGGAGGAGCAAAAGGAUGUGGCUGAAAGAAGCCAACGACAAGCUGCUUUGGCCGAAAAUGAAAGUAAUCGUCGUUUGGUUGAAUGGCAGGAAAAGAGCGCACAGAUGGAAAACAGUCGCAUAGAGCUUGAAAAUGCGUAUGCGAAGCUAUCGGAAUACUAUCAGCAAUUGCAACAUGCUUACAAUGCUUUGUAUGCCCGAUCAAAUGCAUGUAAGGUUGACAGCAAUACACAGACAACAGUGGAUAGCAAUACUUUCAAAAUUAGCGAGAAAUUUGCUGAGACGAUCAAAUAUUGGAAAAGCGAACUUAAACAGCGCGAAGCAGAAUUGAAAGGACAGGCAGUACAAUUGAAGCAUGUUCAAGAUUUACUUCGGAAUCAUCUUCAUAUAAUUCUGAAGAAUGUCAGAGAUUUGCGAGAAAUGAGUUUGAAAUUGAUAAAGAACAUUAUUAUGGAGAGUGUACAGACAACCCGAGCUCAACUACACGAAGCUUUGAAAGAAGUUCUUUCAUAUGUUGAGGAAGUUAUCGUCAAAUUGUGUAAAGAGAAAGAAUUAAAAGAUGCCGAAAUCACUGUAGCACUGCAGCAUCUUAUGAAUGACACACUAACAGAAAACAUCUUACAAACACGAAAUUCGUCGUUGUCAAUGGUUGUUGACGCUAUCAACAAGAAAUUUACAGAGAUGAAAUCUGAAAACACAACUUUGGGAAAUGAUUUAUGGAAUGAAAGGAGUGAUAAAGAAGCUUUGGAAAUGAAUGCACAGCAGAGUAUUUCUGAAAAAAACGGGUUGGAAUCAAAAAUUAAAGAGUUGGAAGAUCUGCUUCAAAUAACACAGUUUUCAUUAGCCGAACACGUCAUCAAAUGUCAACAGCUUCAAGCUGAACUUGAUGUGCUUGGCUCAGCAACGAGCAGUCCAACAGCAGUAAAAUGUGGUAGUAGUAGUAGUGAUCCAUGGAACUGUUCCACACCAUGUACGAUUUGUCGUGAGCUGAGGCAAACCGAACAAUCAGCUCCAACACCGCAACUACAGUUAGCCAUUUUAGCGGCUCGCUUGACAACCAAAAUAGCCGAUAAUGAUGCUUUAUUCCGGUGCAAUGCUGAACUCACCCAAACAAACUUGAGACUGCAGAAUGAGGUUAGCGAGUUGAAAGAGCAGAUGACUAAGCACAUCACAUCUUCCAGCAACACUCUUAUCUCAGCUAUCAGCCAGCAAUCACUACUUCAACAACAGUAUAUCCCAAAACAGUUUUCGAAUCAGUCAUCGGAACAGAAAGUGAUGCAUAGAGAAGAAAAGGAAUGGACAUGGGAAGCAGAAGAUCUCGGUGCAGAGUUAGUCAGUAAUUCGGGAUACCAAGUUACUCCCUACAAACCUUUAUUGAAUCAACAGAUUACUAAAUUAACGAUGACGAAUGAAAUCCAAGUACUAGGUCUGACAGAGCUAACAUCCCAAGAAGAAGAUAAAGAAAGUUUGAAAAAGGAGUUCAAUGUAACACGCGAGUACAGCGUAGAAGUUGAAGAGAGAAAUAAAGCUGGAAGGUUGGGUAAUUGUUCAGAAAUUACCGAGGAUUACUGUUUGGAAUAUGAAAAUAAAGUGGAGCAGCUUAAGGACUGUGGAAUAGAGACAGAACAGCACGGAGAUGCCAGACAUCAGCAGAAAUUGGAAGUAAGUGGAACUAAUACUAUUGACGAAUUAUUGUCACUGAAAAGCUACAAUGUGCAGUUAGCGGGGUUUGUGGAAAGUGAAAAACAGGAACUGAAAGAACUGGGGAAAGGAUUGCAGGAUACAGGGACACGGUUAGGAAAUGAAGGAAUACAAUGCGAAUUGUUUUGGGCAGGGUUCACUGAGGGAUUAGAGGAGCAGAAAGAGGUUGCGAAGGGAAAAUUGAAAGAGAAUGAACAUGAAGCAAAGGAGAAGGAUUGGAUUUCGGGUGGUACGCCGGAACAACAAUUUCAAACUUUGCUCUUUAAGCAGGAUAUCCCUCCGGAUGGUGUUGUUGAGGGAAAUAGAAUACAGAUGUUGCAGAAAUUAGAACAACAUCAAGGAAGGGAAAUUGAGAUGCAAGAACUUGAGAACAGGUCUCUGAACCUGCAGUUGAGAUCACAACAACAAGUGAUUGAAGAGUUAGGGAAGAAGCUCAAUGUGGCACAAGAAUACAACGUGGUACUGGAAGAGAAAACUUUAAGUAUGGAACAAAAAAUCAUUGAUCUGAAGAAAAUGUAUGAAGAACUGUUGGUCGAGAAAGGUAGGUUAGCAGAAGAAGUGAAAAAUGAAAUAAAAACAAAGUUGCACGAAGAAAUUACCCUACUUAAAAAGGAGAAUGAAAGUCUGGUUGUAGAGUUAGCCAAAAAACGAGCUUCCCAUAAUGAAGAAAAAAGAAGCAUGAAAGCUGAAUUAGCAAAUCGCGAAAUUAUCUUGAAAGAGUUGAAAACAGAAAUGGAGCAUACACAGGGAGAAAGUGUUGAUAUGCAACGACAGCUAGACAGUUAUAAUGCUCAAAUGGAAAAUGAAUCUAAUCAGGACCUACAUCAACAGUUAGUCGAAGCACAAAGAAAAGUAGUCGAACUGGAGAGCAGACUGAAUGAAGUGGUGGAGCAGAACAGAUUAUUGAAAAAUAGUGAACAAAAACUAAUGGAUGCUCUUAUGGUUUCCAACAAAUCUGGACCUAAUCUACAGACUUCGUUAUUAAAAAAGGCGAAAAUAACCAAAAAUAGGGGUCGUGUGAGGAAACCAAUGAUGCAUGAUGGGAAUACAAUGGUCGAAGUGCACGGUAAGGUUGGAACAAGUUCGACAACGAUGCAACUACUUGAUAAUCCUGUGAUCACCAAUGAUUACCUUCCCGUGCAAAAGAAGGUAGAUGAUCCGAAGGGAAAAUUUGAUGAAACACUACAUGGCAAUGCUUUGUUGGAAGAAGCUGCUCAAGAGAUGCAGUCGGAAAUCAGUACUUUGAUAAAGCCUUUCGAACCAACAUUACAAAGGACGACUCACUAUUUCCACGAGAUGAAUGUUGAUAAGUUGCGGCGGCGAAAAGGUGGUGGAUUUCAAGGUGCUGAGAAGACAUAA